AUGCACUUCACUAAGACCCUCGCCUCCGUGGCCGCACUCUCUAUGACCGCCUACGCUGCCGUUCCUGUCGCCAGCGUCCAGCUCCAGUCCUGGGAGCAGUGUGACGUUGGCCACCCUGCCCUGGGUGAACCCAAGUUCAGCGCUGAUGUUGCUGUCACUCCACUCACUUGCGACAAGACCACCCUGAACCGUGACUGGAGCAUUAACAACUACUCCUUCAAGGCCCACCUUGACACUAAGGACGCCCUGCUCUGCCAAGGUGUCGUUGUCUGGAACAACGAGGACUGCACCGGCAAGCCCGUGCACUUCCUUCCCUUCGACCACUCUCCCAUCGCCGAGGGCCAAUGUCUCCCCGACCACCUGGACCCUGGCUACGUUUCCUUCAAGCUUGCUUGCGACGGUUUCCCCUUUGACGCAUAA